GUCAGCAAGCAAGAAGCUGGGUUAGCUAGGUCGUCUCUCCGUCCGCAAUGUUUCAUUAAUUGAGCAUAAACCGGGCUUGGGGGCGUCAUUAUGGCUGAGGAGAAAGAACCAGAAAAGUACCACCAGGAAAGUGAGUCGAGUGAGACUUAUUUCAGCUUCGGAGACGAUAUGGAGCUGAACCAGUUUGACGGAUUGCCGUUUUCCUCACGUUACUACAAACUACUACAAGAGAGGAGGACUCUGCCGGUGUGGAAGGUGAAGAGACAGUUUGAGGAUGCACUGGUCAAGAAGCAGCUGGUGAUUGUGUCUGGACCAGCCAGGACUGGGAGGAGCACCCAGAUCCCUCAAUGGUGCGCAGAGUUCUGCCUGUCCACUAGGUACCGUCAUGGGACGGUAGCUUGUACGCAGGCCAGCAGGCAGAGGGCUGUGGACCUGGCCUUACGCGUGUCCGACGAAAUGGACGUAAACAUCGGGCAUGAAGUGGGCUACAGCGUCAGCCUGGAGGCGUGCUGCUGCUCAGAUACUGUUCUCAGGUACUGCACCGAUGAUAUCUUGCUGAAAGAGAUGAUGUCCGACCCUUUCCUGGAGAAAUACGCCAUCAUCAUCAUCGACCAGGCUCACCAGAGGACCAUCAGCACCGACCUCCUACUGGGCCUCCUGAAGGCUGUCCUGGUGAACAGACCAGAGCUCAGAGUCGUGGUCCUUGCCGCCCCACCCUUGACGAAUGGCUUCCUGAGUCACUUCCCCGGCGCCCCUCUUAUCAACCUUGAGUCCCAGCGUCCCCCUGAGGUGGUCCACAGCUGCGGCGGAGGAAAAGACUACUUCUACUGUGCAAUGAGACUUGUUCUGGAGAUCCAUCGUACCAAAGAGGAUGGGGAUGUUGUAGUCUUCUUGGCCUCAGAGGACGAGGUGCAUGGCGCCCACAGCAUCCUGCAGAAAGAAGGAACCAGGCUGGGAGGAGAACUGGGCCACAUUGUGCCUGUGGUCCUAUGUCCCAGCCAGGGAGGACUUCCAUUUCCGCCCCCCACAGAUGAGAGAGGAAGCUGCCGCAAAUCCCGGCGGGUUUUCCUUGCGAUUCAAGAGGCGGAGGACUUGUGGUGGCCGAUGGAGUCAGUCCACUUUGUCAUCGACACAGGAGUCCAGAAGAAAAUGGUGUACAAUCCAAGAAUACGAGCCAACUCUGAGGUGCUGCAGUCCAUCAGUCGAUGUCAGGCUGAACUGCGUAAGAAGUUGUGUGGACCGGCAGGUAAAUGUUUCUGUUUGUACGCGGAUGACAGCCAGCUCCCCGCACAGAGAUUGCCUCAGAUCCUGGAGUCCAACAUCACCUCCACAGUUCUCUUCCUCAAAAGGAUGGAGAUCGGAGGUGUGGGGCAGUGCCAGUUCAUCAACAGACCAGAUCCCGAGGGUCUCAUGCAGGCCCUGGAGGAGCUGGACUACCUGGCCGCUUUGGACGAUGACGGCAAUCUCUCCGAGAUGGGUAUCAUCAUGUCCGAAAUCCCUCUGGAGCCCCAGAUGGCCAAAGCCGUGCUGGCCUCCUGCGAGUUUGACUGCGUGAGCGAGAUGCUAACCAUUGCCGCCAUGCUUUCAGCUCCAAGCUGCUUCCUGGAGCCUGCGUCCGGAAUGACCCACAAUGCCGUGCUGUGCCGCAGAAAGUUUCAGCACCCGGAAGGCGACCACUUCACCCUCAUCAAUGUCUACAAUGCCUUUAAGAGAAGCCAGAGUGUGCCAUACUUCAGUGCAGAAAAGUGGUGCCAGGAUCAUUUCCUGGAUCAUUCUGCCCUCAAGAUGGCCGAGCAGGUCCGAUCAGAGCUGAUGGACACCCUGAACAGGAUCGAGCUCCCCGUCUCGGAGGCAGCGUUCGGCACCAGGAGCAAUGCGUCCAACCUGAAGCGAGCGUUGCUGGCGGGCUUCUUCAUGCAGAUCGCUCGAGACGUGGACGGCGCGGGGAACUACCUCAUCCUCGCACACAAGCAUGUGGCCCAGGUGCAUCCGCUCUCCGGCUACGGGCUGCAGUCCAACAAGCUGGGGGUGCCCGAGUGGGUGGUCUUCCACGAGUACAUGCUGUCAGAGAACAACUGUAUAAGGAUAGUGUCGGAGAUUUCGCCUCAAGUCUUCAUUCAAAUGGCCCCGCUGUACUUCUUCUACAAUCUGCCCCCUAGCGAGAGCAAAGACGUACUGCAAGACAUGCUGAACCCUCACAGACACACAGCUUGUAAGGACGAGAGACACAAAGUGAGUGGUGAUGCCAACAAUAACAGUAGUGUGCCGUCUUCUGACAGGUGUGUCAUUCAGUAGAGAUUUGGGGCCCAUGGUGAUUGAAAAAGGCUGCAAGAGAUGCAAAGUUUGUUGAUUGGGUGUAAAAAGAAAUGAAAUGUUCCUGAAUGUAAAAACAAAAAUGUCAUGUAUGAUUGGGUCACCAUUAGAACACUUGCAUUUAUGUUCUGUCGUGCACACUUUGCUGCAAAGCAGGAGAGCACCUGAGUAGGUUUUAAUGUCCAUCUCUUCCUCUGGUCCUGCUACUUUCUAACAAGUCGGUGCUGUAGUUUUUUUAAAGCUCUUGUCGGAGGAUUUUUCAAUACUAAAUAAAAAAGGUAAUUAAAAUGUUUGUUAAACAUGAUUUUUAUGCUGUAAAUUCAUAAUUCACCAUAUUAAAUCUUUACAAUAUUUGGAUUUGAACGUCCAUCUUACACCAGCGUGGAAGUUUUUUGGGUUUUUUUGGAUGUUCACACAGAUAAGUAUUCUUUGAGUUUGUCCAUGAUGGAGGGCAUCCUGUCAGCCGGGA